AAAGUCAACGCAGACCAACAUCGCCAUUCAAAUGUUUUAAACCAAAACCACAUACAUCCUCUUUCAAGAAAUUAGCAAGAAGUUAUGCUGAAGGAGGGUGGUGGAAAAAGAUGUAGUACACUACUGAUGUAAGAGACUACAGGUAGGAAAUGGUAAGGAAGUUUCACAUUUCUAAAAGUAAGAGUUCUUCUCAUUUUUAGUAGUUUCCCUUCUUUAUAUUAUAAGACUCACAAUAGAAGAAAGUAACUCACUCAUCCAUAUUCUUCAUUCUCAAACUCUUCUUAUUUCCACUUCCCAUUUCUUAUGGCCAUGCAAUCACCUUCCUCUUCCUCGUCAUUUUCCUAUGGUUUCACUUACCAAGUCUUUCUCAGUUUUAGGGGCAAAGACACUCGCGAUGGUUUUACCGGCAAUCUCUACAAGGCUCUUAUUGACAAGGGAAUCCACACCUUCAUUGAUGACAAUGAACUUCAAAGAGGAGAUGAAAUCACACCAUCACUCGUCAAGGCCAUUGAGGAAUCUAGGAUUUUUAUUCCUGUGUUUUCUAUCAACUAUGCCUCUUCUUCAUUUUGUUUGGACGAACUUGUCCACAUCAUUCACUGCUACAAGACAAAGGGUCGCUUCGUUUUGCCUGUUUUCUAUGGAGUGGAUCCUACUCACGUACGGCAUCAUAAUGGAAGUUAUGGUGAACAGCUCACUAAGCACGAAGAGAGGUUCCAAAAUAACAAAGAAAACAUGGAGCGAUUGCAUCAAUGGAAGAUGGCUCUUAACCAAGCUGCUAAUUUGUCUGGCUACCAUUUUAGUUCUGGAUAUGAAUACAAAUUUAUCGAAGAGAUAGUGAAAUACAUCUCCAACAAGAUCAAUCGUGUUUCUUUACAUGUUGCCGAUUACCCUGUUGGAUUACAUUCUCGAGUACAACAAGUGAAAUCACUUCUUGAUAAGGGCUCUAAUGAUGAGGUCCACAUGGUAGGAAUUUAUGGAGCAGGAGGCUUGGGUAAAUCAACACUUGCAAGAGCAAUUUACAAUUUUGUCGGCGAUCAAUUUGAAGAUAUAUGUUUUAUUCAUAACGUGAGAGAGAAUUCAACUCAAAAUAACUUGAAACAUCUCCAGGAGGAGCUCCUUUUAAAAACAGUUGGAUUGGACAUUAAGUUAGGAGAUGUUAGUGAGGGAAUUCCAAUCAUAAGGGAAAGACUACAUAGAAAGAAGAUUCUCUUGAUUCUCGAUGACGUUGACAAACUGAAGCAAUUGCAGGUUUUGGCUGGAGGAUUUGAUUGGUUCGGUGCUGGCAGUACAGUCAUCAUUACCACUCGAGACAAACACUUACUAAACAGUCACGAGAUAAAAGACAUGUAUGCAGUAGAAGGGUUGUAUGGGACAGAAGCUCUUGAAUUGUUGAGGUGGAUGGCUUUUAAAAAUAACAAAGUUCCUUCAAAUUAUGAAGCAAUUUUAAACCGUGCAGUUACCUAUGCUUCUGGCCUUCCAUUAGCUAUAGAAAUAGUAGGUUCCAAUUUGUUUCGAAAGAGCAUAGAAGAAUGGAAGUAUACAUUAGAUGGCUAUGAAAAGAUUCCCAAUAAAGAGAUCCAAAAGAUACUUAAAGUAAGCUUUGACGCUUUGGAGGAAGAGGAGCAAAGUGUCUUUCUGGAUAUUGCUUGUUGCUUCAAUGGAUGUAGAAUGACAGAGGUUGAAGAGAUACUUCGUGCUCAUUACGGAGGCUCCAUGACACAUAGAAUUCAAGUGUUGUCUGAAAAAUCUCUCAUUAAGAUUGGCUAUUUUGAGCAGAGUUGUUUUUGCAGUGUGACAGUGCAUGACUUGAUAAAGGACAUGGGUAAAGAAAUUGUCCGACAAGAAUCACCCAAAGCGCCUGAAAAACGCAGUAGGUUGUGGCUCCGAGAAGACAUAAUUCAAGUUUUAGAAAAGAAUACGGAAAAUAGUGAUAUUGAAAUCAUAUCUCUGAAUUGCGGCUCAACUGAAGCAACAAUGGAUUGGGACGGAAAGGCUUUCGAGAAGAUGAAAAGUCUCGUGACACUUAUCAUUAAAAGUGAUAAUUUUUCCGAAGGCUCCAUACGCUUUCCAUGUAACUUGAGAGUAUUAAAAUGGCAAAAAUAUCAUUCACAGUGUAUACCAUAUAGCUUUUUCAACAAGAAGUUCGAGAAUAUAAAAGUUUUGAAAUUUGACAAUUGUGAAUAUUUAAGAGAAAUAUCAGAUGUGUCUUGUCUACCAAAUUUAGAGAAUUUUUCAUUUGAAAAUUGUGAGAAUUUAGUUACAAUUCACAAUUCGAUUGGAUUUCUGAAUAAACUUGAAUUCUUAAAUGUCAGCGGUUGCAUUAAGCUCAAGAGUUUUCCACCCUUGAAUUUGGUUUCUCUUAAGAAACUGAUACUUUCCCAUUGUAACAGUCUCCAAAGUUUUCCAGAAAUAUUAAGCAAGAUUGAAAAUAUAAAAGAUAUAGAUAUUCGGGAAACUUCCAUUGAAGACUUUCCAGUUUCAUUUCAAAAUUUCACUGAACUUAUUUCGAUAUCUAUAUCUAUAGGGGGAUGUGGAAUGUUGAGGUUACCAAGUUUCAUUUUCAAGAUGCCAAAAUUUUCAAGUAUUUGGGUUCAAAAAAUUUAUCAUAACUUUAUGUCAAGACCGAUUUCCAAGGUGUGUUCGGAUGUGAAAUGGGUUUAUCUCUAUGAAAGCAACCUCUCAGAUGAAUGUCUUCCAAUAGCUGUCACAUGGUUUACUAAUGAGGAAGAAUUAAACCUAGUUGGAAGUAAUUUCGAAAUUCUUCCGGAAUGCCUCAACGAACGUCUCCAUCUACGGGGACUAGAAUUGUUUAAUUGCUUGUCUCUUAAGAAAAUAAGAGGGAUUCGGCUAAAUAUUGUUAUUUUGUCUGCGACAAACUGCAGAUCAUUGAAUUUCUCAAGUAGAAGCAUGCUAGUAAAUCAGGAACUACUAAAUGAGAGUAGAGAGGCCGAUUUUUAUUUUCCAGCUGCAGGAAGUGAAAGGAUUCCGGAGUGGUUUGAGCACCAAAGCAUAGGACCAACAAGAGUCUCUUUCUGGUUGCGUAACAAGAUCCCUUCCAUAGCUCUCUUCUUUUCUACUAAAUGGGUGUGUAACCACGAAGAAAAACUUCAAUUAAGAGUAAAUUUGUUCAUCAAUGGCGAUAAAUAUACCUUUUCUCUCGAGGAAUUUAUUUAUGUUUCCUUGUUAGAAACAAAUCAUAUAUACCUAAUUUAUCUUGAUUUGGAUGGACUAGUUCACUGCUCGGAUAUCUACGAGAAACUUGAAUCUAAAUUGAACGAAGCAUUUUUAAAAAAAGAAUGGAUCCAUAUGGAGCUGAAGUUAGAGAGCUAUUAUUGGAAAUCGGAAAAUGAUUCCGAUGAGAUGAUGAAAUCGCUCCGCGCAAAAUUUGGAAUCCAUGUGUUCAAGGAAGAAAACAACUUGGAAGAUGUUGAAUUCACCAAUCCUUAUAGAAAGAGGAGAUCAUAUGAACAUCUUAGGCUCUCAGUCUCAACAUAAACCAUCACAAAUUGUGAUUCACAAUUCCAUCCAUAGCUAAAAAAGAAAAUAGAAAAUCAUAUAAACAUCUCAACUUGUGCAGCGGCAGACAGGGACAUUUUGUUUUGUUCGGUUAAAAUUGGCAGGUGAAGAUUGUCUAUCAAGUGGUUCAACGGAUUUUAAAGGAGGUUCUGAUACUACCUUAAAAUUUGGAGUUGAGUAUAACUCAACCUUACAAAAUCAAUUUGUAAUACAAGAGUUGUCUCUAUUUAUAAAUUUAUAUUCAUACCACCCAAAUAAAAAAUAAAGCAUUUCUAACAUAGCAGAGCCACAAAAUUGGAUGGCAGGAUCAUUAGCUUUAUUGGGCAAGACACAAGAAAUUCCUAGCCAACGAAGAACGUCAUACCAUAAACCUUACAAAAAAUCACCACUCUGCUAACAUUCUCAUCAAAUCACCUCCCAACAACCAAC